UUAUCAUACUAUAGUAUGACAUUUUCAUCAUACUAUACUAAGAUAACUUUGUCUUACUAUACUAUGAGGUUUUUUCAUACUAAAAUGUGAAUUUUUUUAUCAUACUAUAGUAUGACAUUUUCAUCAUACUACUCUUUGAUAACUUUACCUUGCUAUACUAAGAGGUUUUUUAUAAAAUGGGAAUUUUUUUAAAUACUAUACAAUAACAUUUUUUCAUAUUUAAAUGUAUAAAUGAUAUCAUACUAUACUAUGACAUUUUUUAUACUAAAAUGUCAUAUUUUUAAUAUACUAUAUUAUAUAUUUUUUUUCAUCCUUAAAUGGUUAUUGUUUAUCAAAGUAUACUAUGAUAUUUCGAUCAUACUAUGCUAUGAUAUUUUUUCUUCCUUAAAUGUUAAAUUUUCAUGACAAACUUCACUAUGACAUUUUUAUCAAACUAUACUAUGACACUGUUUUUCACACUGAAAUACAAAAUUUUUUACAUACUAUAAUUUGACAUUUUUUUCAUACUUAAACAUGAAUUCUUUUUAACAAUAAAUACCAUGACAUUUGUGUCACAGCCCCAUGAUGUUAUGAGUUAUGUUGUAGAGUCAAAACAAAUGUCAGAAUAGUAUAAAUAUGCCCAGCAAAGCCCAGGUUGUAGAGUUGUCCAUUUAAGAGGAAAAAUGUCAACAGAAAGGGUUCAAGUUUUUAGCUUUGAGUGCAAAAUAUUCUGUAAACUUGCUUACAUCUCUGUCAGACUUUACCAGCCAUGUAUUCUUACCAUUUGUAACCUAAUUUUACAAUGUAGGUCAAAGAGUGAGGCUCCUUUAAAAUCGUUUGAAAAUUCCUCCUUACAUUACCUUUAAAGUAACAGAGGAGAAGGUGCAGUUCACUCUUCCACCGACAGGAGGGCGAGAGUGACCGUGACGUCACCCUGGCUCGAGCUGCCGCUGCUGCUGCCUGCUGCUGCUGUGCGCUCGAGGCUCUCCGGGCUGCUUCAGAGCUGCUCGAGAGGAGGACGAGAGUGGCUGUGACUGCGGGGACAGACACCGUGUGUUUACAAAGUCAGCUAUGGACGUGUUUAUCUGUGGUGGAUAAUGUUGUCACGGCACACUUGAAGAGGUACGGACGUCUUUUUAAAAAAUGCUUUAAAGGCGAAAAAAAUGUCUUUAAAGGGUCUUUCAUUCAAAGAAACUGCACGAAUUUCUAAAUUAACAUGUUAAUUUUUGUGUUAAUAUCCGUUAAAGUUACUCUUACUGGUUGUUGGUUGAAUAUUUUCAAGUUAUUAGUUUAAUAUGCACACUUUUAACGUCAUGUAAUUAUCAUAUAUUGCAAACUAAUUGUGCGAGGUUUGGGCCAGAUAAGGAUAAAACUAAGAUGCCCUUUUCGUAGUAGCCUAUAAUGCACUGAAAGAAAAUAUCCUAAAGCAUGACUGUGCAUUUUGUGUAGAGCCAAAUUGUGAAUUAAAAAAAAAAUACAUGCUGUUUUGGGCUCAUGAGUGGAUAAUACAUGUCUUUCAGGAUGUAUACAGUGUCAAAAAGCAGCUGUUUGAUGGGUAUCUGGAUGUCAACAACAACCGGAUUAGUCCUGCUGCUGCAGUCCUCAUAGACAGCAGUGAAUACAUAUCAUCCAUCCACUGCAAUGAAAUCAAUCUGCCCCAAGAAAAGCCCUUCAGGUUUAGCUGUCCUAAGAGGAUCAGGCUUAGGAUAACCCCAGCUGCCCAAUUAUCAGUUGUUUUUCCUGUGUGAUGCUGCACUAAAAUAACAAGAGCAUUUAUUGAUUUGUGUGAAUAAUUUAUAAGAGAAGUUGAUAAAGUAUGCAGGCAUGGAUAGGAGAAACAGGGGGGAAAGGAAGUGACAGGAUGAAAUUACAGCGGGCCCUUUGGAAUUUGCUCCCUCUGAUAUUUAUUAUCUUUUCUUUUGUCCUCUUCUGGUUACUCUUUAAAUUAGCACUCAGAUUGCAAACACACAUUCCAGUGGCAGCCAUUGUCUUCUCAUUAAAUGCUAACUACGCGUGUGUUUGUUUUGAUAAGGUCUCUGUGGACAGGAACCAAAUGCCAGAAUACUGAAAGAGGAUUAAAUCAGGAAUCCCGUCACCUCACCUAAGUAGGUGUGAAUUUCUGGCUGCAGCCAUGGGGAACCAGCUGACUGAUAUCGCUCCUAACACGCCAUUCCUUCCAAACUUCCAGUCCUUACAUGUGGUCGUCAUUGGGCUGGACUCGGCUGGAAAAACCUCCCUGCUUUACCGGCUCAAGCUGAAGGAGUUUGUGAACACCAUCCCCACAAAAGGGUUCAACACAGAGAAGAUAAAAGUUGCAGUGGGGACGUCCAGGGCGAUAAACUUCCAGGUGUGGGACGUGGGUGGUCAGGAGAAGCUGCGCCCACUUUGGAAGUCCUACACGAGGCGGACAGAUGGGAUGGUUUUUGUUGUGGAUUCAACCGAGCUGGAGCGCAUGGAGGAGGCCAAAGUGGAGCUCCACAAGAUUACCCGCACCUCAGAGAACCAGGGAGUCCCUGUCCUGGUCCUGGCUAACAAACAGGACCUGGAUUCAGCCUUGUCAGUCAGCGAGGUGGAGAAGCUGCUUUCAGUGCAUGAACUGAGCACAUACACACUGCAUCACGUGCAGAGCUGCAGCGCCGUAGACGGUCAGGGACUCCAGCCGGGCCUGGAGAAACUUUAUGAGAUGAUCCUGAAAAGGAAGAAGAUGGUGAAGCACAAUAAGAACAGAAAGAGAUGAACUCUCCUCUCAGACUGAGGACAUUAGUGUAGGAGAUUUAUCCACAGUUAAGACACUUCCAGGCAUAAUGGUUCCUAACUGGAGAGCAAUAUGUGCCAACAGAACCACAUUUACAAACGGCCGCUGGGUCAGGGAAAUGGAUUUGCUCAUAACAAAUGAAGCAGUAUUGGCGUUUCUUUGUUCUACAAUCAUGCAGCUGCCCUUUGGAGGCUAAAGUGAUAGAUUUAAAGGGAACCUCGAUAGCAGUUAGUUCUCACUAAGUGCUUUUCUACACUUGAUCUAAAGAUGAAUCCUAACAAGAUGUUUGCUUGUUAACUGUAGGACUAAUAAAUGAACAAAUUCACAAUUAUAAGACAGGUCCAAGGGGGGGAAAACUUCUACUACAUUUUCAAUUUCCCUAUUAUCCUUCACAAGAUUGCACAGAUUCUCCCACUAACCUGCUCACAAAUGCUUCUCCUCGAUAUUUAUUCCACAUGUUUGUGUUUGUGUUGGACAAAGGAAAUUCUUUUUGGAAGUGAUAUGAAGUGACACAGAAGUUAGUGGAGAUGGAGCACAAAUAUGUUGAAUUUCAUGAAACCAGUAACCCUUAAGUGCAUUCCCUUCAUGGCUGCAGAGGUUAAGUUUCAGUUUGGCAGCAGUGUUUAUACAAAUUGUACAUUUUUUUGUAACACUGAAGACUGAAUAAAUCCAAGCACUGUACAGACGAUGCAUUGUUUCUUUGCAGUUAAUUACAUGACGUUAUUGGGUUUGGGUACCGAAAUAUGGCAUUUUAUAGUACUGUACUGUGAUAUUUUGAUCAUACUUCACUGAUUUUUUGAACACUAAAUCUAUGAUUUUUUAAAUAAAAUGAUGUUAACAUAUCAUACUAUGAUAUUUCUAUCGUACUUAACCAUCAUUUUUUGCAUACUUAGAUAUGAUAUUUGUAUCACACUGUACUGUGAUAUUUUCAACAUAUUAUGGUAUAUUUUUUCCAUUUUAUUCUAUGACAUAUUUUAUAGUAUAUGAUCUUUUUAUCAAACAAGACUGACAUUUUUUUCAUACUGAAAUGUUGAUAUUUGAAAAUACUAUACUAUAACAUUUUUUCAUACUACGAAAUGAAAUUUUCAAAAAAAAAAAAUUUUCACACUAAAAUUUGACAUUUUAAACAUACUAUACUAUGACAUUUUUUUCCAACUCAAAUAUGAAAUUUUUUUUUUACACACCAAAAUAUAAAAUUCUCAUCAAACUAUACUAUGACAUUUUUAUCAUACUAUAAUAUGACAUUUUUUUUCAAACUAAAAUAUGAUUUUUUUUCACACUAAAAUUUGACAUUUUGACCAUACUAUACAAUGACAUUUUUUUUCAUACUCAAAUAUGGAUUUUUUUUUUCACACUAAAAUAUGAAAUUUACAUCAUACUAUACUAUGACAUUUUUAUCAAACUAUAAUUUGACUUUUUUAAUGCUAAAAUAGGGCUUUUUUAACACUAAAACUUGACAUUUUUAUCAUACUAUUCUAUGACAAUUUUUUUCGUACUGAAAUAUGAUUUUUUUUUCACUCUGAAAUUUAACGUUUUUCACAUACUAUGCCAUUACAUUUAUGACAUACUAUACUAUGACAUUUUUCUAUAAUAAAAUAUGAUUUUUUUUUCAACUAAAUUGUAAAAUUUUUAUCAUAAUAUACUAUGACAUUUUGUUUAUACUAUACUGUGACAAUUUUUUUCAUACCAAAAUAUUUUUUUCACACUGAAAUAUGAGGUUUUUACAUACUAUACUUUAAUAUUUUUAUCAUUCUUUACUAUGACCUUUUUUCAUAUUAAUUUUUUUCACACCAAAAUAUAAAAUUUUUAUCAUACUUUACCAUGUUAUUUUCAUCAUACUAAUCUAUGACAUUCUUUCCAAACUCAAAUCUGAUUUUUUUUUUCACACACCAAUAUAUAAAAUUUUCAUCAUACUAUACUAUGUUAUUUUGUUCAUACUAUAAUAUGACAUUUUUUUUCAAACUUAAAUAUGAUUUUUUUUCACACUAAAAUUUGACAUUUUGACCAUACUAUACUAUGACAUU